UCCGGACAAAAGAUCGGGCGAGGCGGAACUGCGAGCAUGUCGAGCAGCGGCCGCAGCAAGGAGCUCGCCAAGCUCUUGAGCAGCGGCAGCGAUCCCUUUCAAUCAUGCGAAGGGUAUAGCACAGAUGUCAUGCUGGAUGAACUGUGUGGCCCCACAUCCGACGGGGAUGGUUCCACUAGCUUGGCCGACCUCGAUGGCAUCUUCAAGUCGGCGAUCGAGACACUCCAAGCCCAUCGGGACGUGAUUUCCACGAAACUCGUCGAGUUGGACAAGCAAAAUCGCAAGUUUGCCGCCAAGUUUCACGAGAGUCUGCGGGAACCCGAGAAACUGCUGCACCUCAUCACGGCGGAAAUGGACGAGCUGGAAGAUCGAUUCACCAAGGUCAGUUCGUCCGCCGUUGUGAUCGGGGACCGGCUUGCCAUCAUCGACAAAGAAAAGAACCGUGCGCGGGACACCGACGAGCUCCUCGAGGCCAUCCUUCUUCUGAACACCCCGUCAACCGCACCAGUCAAGUCGACCAAUAAGCUGUACAACACACUGAAAGACCCCCAUCGAGUUCACGAAGCCAUCGUCAUCGUCGGCAAACUACGCGACUUUGCAGACGAGCUCACGUCCCCCGCGACAAAGGUCGCUGUGCAAGAAAUCCACCGACUCAACCAGGCGCUCGAGUCGUCAUUGCUUCAAGGGUUUGACGAUGCGCAGGACCAGGAGCUUCGCGGCGUCGCCAGCGCACACGACCUGGGCACUAUGCGCGAGAACGCCACGUCGCUGGUGGCCCACGGGUGCAAGGACAUUGUGGCCGACCGUUUUGUAUGGAACGUCAUGAAGGAAAAGCUCACCAAGCAUGCCCAGUUUCUCCGGGCCGACUCGUCCCCAACCGAGCAGGACCACGCAGACGCGCCGACCUGCGACGAAUGCCUCCAGGACCUCGACUCGUUGGUGGCCAAGAUCCGCGCGAUUUGCAAGAGUCAGUUUGUCGUGAUUCAGUCGGUGUUUUCUGCCGCGAUCGCUCCAUCGAUCCGAGAAAUCCUCGUCGAACGGCUGUGCCACGACCCUGCGUUCGGGCUGCUCUCGCAUCUUGAACGGCUCCUGGGCCGCGAUGGCAUGGCGGACAAAGAGUACGUCGCGGCGCUGCGAGCUGCGUACGAAAAGUGCUGUGGACUGGUGCAGGCGAUUGGGAUGUUGCCGCUCGAGACGCCCGCCGAGACGGACAGAAUGCAAACGUUCCUGACCGCUCAAUUGCAAGUGCUCUUUGGCGGCCACCGCCAGCGAUACGUUCAAAUCGAGCAAGACUUGCUUCACCAGAGCUUGGACCAAACGCUCGGAUUGAUCAAGUGGCCUGCGAUUCCAUCGGGCAAGAACAAGUACAAGCUCAAGGAUCAAGCCGCGAGAGAGUCGACGACGACGAUCAAGGGCGGCGCGGCGCCACCGUCGACAAACCCGAGCGCCGCCCACACGCUGACGUCGCCCGGCUCGACCACCGCCAUCACGUCCCCUCGCGAGAUGACACCGGUGCAUGCCAAACCCGAGCCGCCGAAUCUGUUUUACCAAAUGCUGCUUCCCAUCUCCAUGGACGACACCAUACCUCGCAAGUUUGGGCAAGCGCUCAAGGAAUCGACGGCGCGUUGCGACGUGGUCCUGCGAAACAGCGAGCUCCGAGUCGAACUCAUGGCGCGGCUGUACGCGUUGUACUGCCACGCAUUUGGCGACGAAUACCUCGGUGUACGUCGCCGUCCCGUGGCUCAGCAACGACAGAGCGUGUGCGUGGUAGAAAAUCGCCAACUUGUCCCACGAACUCGUCCAAGAGCCACUGCUGUGUCUCGAUUCCGCGAGCAACUUUUUCAUCGUGCUCAAGAGCUUGAUCGGUCACGUCAGCCUCCUCGAUUCGCAGUACAAGGCGGUCGUCGCGCCGUAUUUGGCUCAAACUCCGACGCAGCACACGAUAUGCAUGGAAGGCAAGCGAAAAACGAUGGAAAAGCUCGAGGGGUUGAUCGCGUACGGGCUGCAAAAGACCUUUCAAGCCGUCGAGAAGAGCCUCGUCGCGCUGUUCACCAACGGGCUGGACAAAGGCGACUUUCUCGGAAACAAGCAGGUCCAAACCCAGUCGAGAGCAUGCACGCAAGUCGUGCAGUACCUCGCGACUGUGUUUUCGCACGCGAGCGCGGCGCUGGACGAUGCCGGCGGCGCGGCGAAUCGAACGCUGUUUGUGUCAAACUUGUCUGCGACGUUCAAGGACACGUACAUUGCGCACCUGCAAAAGUUUAAAUUUGAUGCGGACGGCGCGUGCCUUCUCCUGACGGACCUUGCCAUGUACCGCGCCGCGUUCCGCGUGUGCCGGCAUCCCGCCAUCGACGACAACUUUGACCUGCUCCAUGCAGUCGCCAACAUUUACGCGCUUCCGCGGGAGAGCCUCGUGGGCUACGUCAGCGAAGGGCUUCAACAAGCCCUCGGCAAGACCACCCUGCACGCGCUCAUUCGGCGCCGAUGGGACUACAACGUCAACGGCGACAAGAUCCCGAUUUAAGUCGCCACAUCCCAGCGAGGAACGACGUGUGGCCAUGAGAAGCAGCCCACGGACCCGUUCCUUCCACACGAUAAUCCAUGCACUCGCCAUCGUUGACCUCCGUUAAAAUCUUCCAUGACACUCGUCCGCGUGGCUUGCAUGUGUGGCUCGAACAUGGCUGUGUCGUUGAGCAUCUUGCUUUGACAAGGUUGCACGACUGUGCAUCCGUCGACACCGACGCUUCGCCAUGGUGAGCAAGCGAGAGCCGACUAUGCCCAGCAGCACGGCCUCACUCGCAGCAUUCCAUGAAGAUUGCCCAUGGUGUGUUUCACGUCGAGCAUCUUGCUUUGGCAAGAUUUCAGGGCCAGGCGCUGUA